UUUUAGUACACUGUCGACUCCAAUCACGCUCCUCUUUUUCAUGUGCUCUAGGUUUUAACUAUUUCUUUCCAACCGACGCGUUCAUGUCUUCUGUAUUUUAUAAAAAUGUAGAAGAAAAAGUUUCCUUUCAUCUCUUUACAAAAGAAAACAUGGAUGGAGAAGAAAUUGUCUUGAACGAUGUUAGUAUAAAGUCCAGUAGUUUUAAUUUUAGUCGUCCAACAAAAAUUAUUACCCAUGGAUAUUGGAACCAAAAGGAGUCUAACGCGUGUACGAUGCCACGUGAUGCAUUUUUAAAAACUAGGGACUGCAACGUCCUAGUUGUAGAUUGGUGGAAAAUGGAAUCAAUCUCGGGUGUGCCAAUAAUUUAUAACGCAGCCUGCAAAAGUGUUCCAAUAGUUGCUGAAUACGUAGCUACAAUGAUUGACUUUCUCGAAAGUCACGGACUGAAUCUUAAUGAUACAUCCUUGAUUGGGCAUUCGUUAGGUGCUCAUUUGAUGGGAAUUGCCGCUUCCAAAACGAAAAACAGAAUUAGCCACAUUGUUGGUUUGGAUCCAGCAGGACCCAUAUUCCAAGACAACAAUUCAUCCGAACGUUUAUCACCUGAUGAUGCCACAACAGUUCUCGUGAUACAUACAAACGUAGGCCAUUGUGGAUUAUCCCAGACAAUAGGACAUUACGACUUUUAUCCAAAUGGUGGACAUAAGCAACCAGGAUGUUGGAUGAAUCAUUGUGCACAUUCGCGUUCUUAUGAAUUAUACGCUGAGUCAAUUUUUAGUCGAGAUGGAUUUUAUGCGAAUUGGUGUUCCAGCUUAAAUUUUGAUGUUGAAGGGAACUGUAACAAUAAUACUGUAAAAAUGGAUGAAAACUUACGAACUCAAAAUGCAAAAGAAGGAAUUUACUACUUAGAAACAAGUGAUUCAUUUCCUUAUGCCCUAGGAAGGUGA